GUCAGAGAGGUCAGUGGAACCAGGGAGCCUACCUUUCAUCACAGCAAGCCAGCAUGAGAUCUGCUCCUUCACCUGGUGUGGCGGGACAACGAUAUGCACCUUUACCUCACCCAAAAAAACCUGCCUAUGUCUGGUCACAGACAGGGCAACAGAGGCCUCCAGUGAGACAGGAUUCGAUGCCAGCAGUUGGAUCCCAGCUUCAUGGUGGUUUUCCAAGGAGCAGCUCAGUUUCACUUGGCCAGCCCAGAUGGUCCAGCAGCAUCCAGAAUCAACAGUCAUUUAACAGGCCGGCAAAUUCCCCCAGAAUGCCGUACCGUCCCCAGCACUGUACCCCCGCAGCAGCAAGCACUCAGGGCCCUGGAGCUCAGAGUCACAUUGGAAAGGGGAACUUCAGACCUGUUGGACAAUCAGCCAGUGGAAUGUGGGCAAAAGAAAAGAUGGACACCUCAAGUGUCCAGACCCCCCCUCAGCAGCAGAAGCCCCCUCAUGAGACAUUGCUGCAUGUUAUUACUGCUGUUAUUGAAGGCAUGAAGCACUGGAGCCAGUACAAGAACAGAGUACCAAUGCUGUUUGAGAUGUUUGCUACACUGGACUCUGCAGUUACAGUUGGAGAACACGGAGCAAAGAAAUUUCUCAUGAGGGAUGGUAAAGAGUUGGUCCACUGCCUUUACUAUGAAAAUUGUAAUCAUCCUGAACGACCUCCUUAUGAGGGUGCAAUUCAAGUGUCUGAGAUCGAGGAUGGGCUGGAGGCCACCAUCUCUUUUGGGGACAAGGACGUAACGGCUGUAAAGGCCUGA